UUCUUUUUGGGACUGUUAUUUUGUUUGCGCCGGGUUUUCCCCCUUAUCCGUAGUUGUCAUCCGUAGAAGCAGGCAGGCAAGCGAGCAAGCGGUUUCACGUCUGGAUAUUGCAGAAUCAGGGGACCGCCAACUUCAGUAAAAUGUGCUCGCCUGUAGGGUGAACAAAGCUCCGAACUUUUCUCCUCCUUUUCUGCUGACUGAACACCUGUGACACUGAGAACUCCAGAACAUUCUUUGCAGUGCUUAUUAUAAACAUGGAAUUUGCUGAACUUAUAAAGACACCCCGGGUGGAUAAUGUGGUCCUGCAUCGUCCUUUCUUACCCCAAGUGGAGGGAACACUGUGCCUCACAGGCCACCAUCUCAUACUUUCCUCCCGACAGGACAGUACAGAAGAGCUGUGGCUUCUACAUUCCAACAUUGACUCAAUUGAGAAAAGAUUUGUUGGUUCCAUGGGAACAAUUAUUAUAAAAUGUAAGGAUUUGAGGAUAAUCCAGCUGGACAUCCCUGGGAUGGAAGAAUGCCUAAACAUUGCAAGCUCAAUUGAAGCUCUGUCUACACUGGAUUCUGCCCUUCUUAUGUAUCCCUUUUUCUAUCGGCCUAUGUUUGAAGUGGUUGAAGAUGGAUGGAAAUCAUUCCUACCUGAGCAGGCAUUUAAGCAUAUUGAAUCUAUGACCAAUGAGUGGCGACUGAGCCAGGUGAACAAGGAUUUUAGUGUCUGUCCUUCAUACUCACCGGUGGUCAUUGUGCCCAAAUCCAUUGAUGAUGAUACGCUACGCAAAGUAGCCACAUUCAGGCAUAUGGGUCGCUUUCCAGUCCUCAGUUACUACCACAAGAAGAAUGGCAUGGUUAUGAUGCGCAGCGGGCAGCCCCUCACAGGUACCAAUGGGCGGCGCUGCAAAGAGGAUGAGAAGCUGAUCAAUGCUACCCUUCGAGUUGGAAAGCGUGGGUUCAUUAUCGACACCCGAACUCUCUCUCUCGCUCAACAGGCCAAAGCUAGGGGUGGAGGUUUUGAGCAGGAAGCCCAUUACCCACAAUGGAGAAGAAUCCACAAGACCAUUGACAGGUCCAGUAUCCUUCAGGAGAGCCUAAUUAAACUUGUGGAAGCAUGUAAUGACCAGUCUCAUAACAUGGAUCGGUGGCUGAGCAAACUGGAGGCUUCCAACUGGCUGACUCAUGUCAAAGAAAUUCUAACUACAGCCUGUCUUGCUGCUCAGUGUAUAGACAGGGAAGGUGCAUCGGUUCUCGUUCAUGGAACAGAAGGGACAGACUCCACACUACAGGUGACGUCACUAGCGCAGAUCAUUCUUGAUCCAACCUGCAGAACCAUGCGAGGUUUUGAGUCACUGGUGGAGAGAGAAUGGCUUCAGGCAGGUCAUCCAUUCCAUGUCCGAUGUGCUCAGUCAGCCUACUCCAACAGCAAGCCAAAGUUGGAAGCUCCAGUCUUCUUGCUGUUCCUGGACAGUGUCUGGCAGAUAUUGCGUCAAUUUCCAUGUUCGUUCCAGUUUAACGAACACUUCCUGAUCAUGCUCUUUGAACAUGCCUAUGCCUCCCAGUUUGGCACCUUCUUGGGCAACAACGCCUUUGACCGAGUGAAACUGAAGCUACCUGAGAAGACAGUGUCACUGUGGUCCUGGGUCAAUCGUCCACAGGAGCUGCACAAGUUUCUGAACCCUCUAUAUGAAAGUAACAGCCUAGUUAUUUGGCCAUCUGUUGCACCUCAGAGUCUUCUACUUUGGGAAGGUGUUUUCCUACGCUGGAACCGUUCAUCCAGGUAUCUAGAUGAAGCGUAUGAGGAGAUGAUCCAUAUCAUUGAAUACAACAAGGAGCUGCAGACAAAGGUGAAUGCCCUCCGCCGACAGCUAGCUGAGCUAGAGACAGAAGACCCCCUGCUGGAGACUCCCUAGUGAGCUGCUGGACUGGCAAAAUUUGUCAACUUCAUGUUUUUUUUUUUUUUUUUGCUUUUUUUUUUUUGUUUUGUUUUGUUUUGUUUUAAGUCCAACACUACACUAAAGACAAUGCAACCUACAGCGGUCUGCCAUGUCAACCGAGCAUAACCUGCAAUGCAGGUUUCUUCAUUUGUUCCCUAGAAAUGAGCACCACUUUUAACAAACCCCGAUGUUUUAAUUGUUCUCUUGGCUAAUUUUAACACUGCAGGUCCUCGAUUAGUCAAAGCCACAUUUGAAUAUGCAGGAAACAGUGACUGUGAAGUGCUGAAUAAUCACAAGUGUGGUGAAAAAAAUCAAAAAAGAGCAGACACUUGGUUUCAUGACACUGUAGCACAUCAUCCUCCAGGACAUGAGUGGUCUUGAAGCCGCCUGUUCCAAGAAAAGGGUUUGGCGGAUGUUACAGCCAUUUCAUCUUUUUGAAGGCUUUGACAGCCUUUUGUUCCCAAUCAGAAAACGUCGCACACUACUUUCUCCGCAUUGUCAUGUGUUUCUAAUUCUGUAAGCCUGGAUUACUGUAUUAGUGACUGUUGCUUGUUGAUCUCUACCUGCCAUGCCACUCUUGGGCCUUUUUGUGCUUACAAGUUUUGGUCCAUAAUCAUUUGCUUGAUAGAUGAAACACCAUAUAUAUAAUGUUAGGAAAAAAAGAAGGCACUUUGACCUGCAUCAUUCAUGGGUUCUCUUUACAGGGCAUGAUGUUUGACACCUUGGCACCAGGGUGUGUUGGGUAGUUUAUAUAGAAUCAGGCUUUUUCAUCAGAUAUGAAGUAAAUGUUACAAUUUAAUUGGAAAUCGAGGACCCGAUUUCAGUGGCAAAUGGAUGUCCCAACUCCUUGUUAAAUAAUGUGUAUAAUCAAAUGUAAGCCCACUGACCUAAUGAUUAGAUUCCGAGUUUGUUUGCAUUCAGACUACAGUACACCUCAGCCCAUAAUGGCAUCCAGUAAAUUAAUGCGCCUUAUGGGUAAAGGCUAAUUCAUGGCAUUAGUUCAGAAUGGCACAAAUGCGUUUUAGUGCACCUUAUUAAUAUAAUUAUAGAAAUGAUGUAAACUUGCUUGUAUUUCAAAAGGCAGGCCUGUCGCAUUCUCUCACGUGUGCCACUAAUGAUGGAUGCUCAGCCAGAAAUGGUGUUUGCUUGACGGCCAUUUCCUGGCCAGGGAUACUUUGGAAUUGUUUCAGGGGUAAGAACUCCUAUAAUGGGAGUGGUUUGAAUGUGAAAGAUCCAUGGUGUCAUGUGACAUUCAGACUGUCCCUGUGACAGUAGAUGAUUUACUUUGCACAAUUUUGUGGCACAUCAUCAUGACUGAGUCGCUUAGCAAAUCAUAUUUUCAGAUUCACUUACCAACUGCUCCCAUGACACCAUAAGAAGAGGGAUCAACGCUCAAAACCGUAGCUGACUGCAAGAAUUUAGAAAUUUACCUGCGUAAAAACAUUCCUCAGCUGUGAUUCCGGCAUCAUUAUGCUUUAUAAGUGAAAGAAUAACGGUAUACAGGCAGAAGAAAUUUAAUCAGGAAAUGAAUGUCAUUUUGUUUUCAGGGGGUAAACUGAGAAAUAAAGGAUUGCAUGUUGAUUGGUUAACUUUUGAGAUGAACCGUCUUUAUUCACGGAUAUUAAAAUUUACAAAUAAAGGCUGCGGGUCAGGAAUGUUUCAGUCUGGAAAUGAACAGUCUUUGAGAGUAUUUCAAUUAGAAAACAAGGAUGUAAGUAAGGUCUGGAACAUUUAAAUUAAGUAAUAAAAACAACUUGAUCUGAAAUAUUUAAAUGAUAUUGUUGGUGAGUUUUGAAGUAUUUACACUGGAAGAUAACCAUUGUGGAUGUGGAAUAUUUAAAUUAAGGAAGUGUUUUGUCCUGGUAGGGCGUCCCUAUCCUGAACAGAAGGCCCCAGGGUCGGAGUGGUGGCUCUGAUGCUAAGGAUCUGCUCUGGUAUUUGGAAGGUUACCAAUUCAAAUCCCGUUACUACUAGAAGGGAUCCUAUUCCGUUGGGCCUUUGAGCAAGGUACUUAGCCUGAGAAUUGCUCCAGGGUCAUUUGUACAAUGGCUGACCCUGUGCUCUGUCCCCCAAAGGUCAUGCAAAAAGACAGUGUUCCCUUGGGGAUUAAUAAAGUAUAUCAAAUCAAAAAUCAAA